AUUUCUCAAGGAAGAUGAUAACAAUAUAAAGAUAAGCCACGUAAGUUACCAGUGUAGGUCACAGACCGAUAAGAGAGUAGAUUUUGUUCUUUAACUAGACCUACAAGAAACCUAACAGUAUACAGCAAUGUUUGUUUCCGGGGUUUUAAUUUGCUUGCUAGUAUCAGGCACAUUAGGUGUACACGUACCAGCUGUAGCAAAGCAACAGCACAGCUAUAUCAGUGAGGUUUCGAGCGUGAGUGGCAAAGUAGGUGAUGAUGAUAAAUGCUCGUUGUGCAUAGAGUUUGCCGGCCAGGCCAUUAAUGGUCUCCUUCAAAUGGUACUACAGGUUGGUGUUGUUGACACGUGCGGAGACCUUUGUCAAAUCUUGGCUGACAAGAGCGGAAGUCAAGCUCUUGGUGCUGUUUGCUCAAUUCUCUGUGACAUAGUAGGAAUAAAGGAAUUCAUCAAUAUCAUAAACAAGGAAGAUUUGGAUCCGAUAUAUUACUGUGAACUGAUCCCUGCUUGUCCAGUCAAUGAUAACGGGGAUGCAAAGUUCACCACAUUCGAAAUAGAUCCGAAAUCUGGACCACAAGGUAUUUUCGACAUCUCGUUUGAGUAUGAUUCUAAGAACGGUACAGGAACCGGACAGAUCCUGCUGGAAGUUCUAACUGUUGAUAAGAUACCUAUUGCCCAGGCUUUCCUUCACGAGCUGGCACCAGCUGGAACAUACGACGGAACGUUUAAACUACAGGCCCAACCUGAUCCAAACUGUGACCCCACAGCUGGACCAUGCGAACAGUGGUUACCUGGAGAUUAUACAGUGAAAAUCGCACUUUGUAAUGGUGAGUGCGGCAGCAAGCACCCUCACAGCGCCAUUUAUGACGAAACUUCCGCCACCUUCACUAUCACAGACAAUUCAUCAUAACUCUGUAGUUAUGUAAAUUGAUAAAAAAGAUACUUUCAAAUAAAGAUUCAAGUUUUA